GAUUACCCGACAAAAUUUUUCGCCUAUUAUCGAAUGAGCAUUACCAGCUUCAAUGAACUUGUCAAGUUAAUUGGACCAGCAAUAGCGAAGGAGGAUACAAAUUUAAGACUUUCUAUACCUGUGGAGGAGAGAUUGAGCGUUACGAUAAGAUAUCUGGCUACAGGAGCUAGUUUCAAUACAUUAUCUUUUGAUUAUGUGAUGGGAGCUUCUACAAUACGAGAUAUUACUAAAACUACAUGUGAGCAAAUAUGGAAUAUACUUCAACCAUUGUAUAUGUCAACCAAAGAAGAAGGCGACUGGAUUAAAAUCGCAGACGAAUUCUAUAGUCGCACAAACUUUCCAAACAUCAUUGGAGCAAUUGAUGGCAAACAUAUACGGAUGAUACAGCCAGAACAUUCCGGUUCAUCAUAUUUUAACUAUAAAAAGUUUUUUUCGUGCGUGUUAAUGGCUUGGACAGACGCAGAUUAUUAAUUUGUUUAUAUAGACGUUAUUUUUUAUGGAACAGCUAGUGAUUCGGAAAUAUUUAAAUCAUCAGAAAUGGGUAAACGGCUGUCCCAAAACCGAAUAAAUAUUCCCUCCGGAAGGCAUUUGCCUAAUGAUAAUGUCGGAGAUGUUAUUCCAUUAUCUGUCGAAGGGGAUGAAGCAUUUGGACUGGGCAAUCAUAUACUACGUCCUUAUGCAAAAAGAAAUUUAAACUACACCAAACGAAUUUUCAACUAUAGACAUGCAAGAGCUCGACGAAUGGAUGAGUGUACUUUUGGAGUCCUUGCUAACAAAUGGCGUAUAUUCCACCGACCAAUGGAUGUCAAUAUCAAUUUUUGUGUCAAAAUAAUAAAAGCUUGCUGUGUCCUGCAUAAUUAUGUAAGAAUCAAAGAUGGAAUACAUUUCACAGAAACUCUCUACAAUUGUCCCAUGACAAACUUAACUAUAAAUGAAGCCAACCGAGGAAGAAAUAAUAUGAAUAACGUGCGACAGUACAUGUCGUCAUACUUUAUUUC